GAGUGGCUGGGAGCCCUAAGGUUAUAGAUCAGGUGAGUACUACCAGGAAUUCAUUUGGAUUAAACCGCCAGCACCCUGUACAUGUGAUUCAGUGUGGAAGCCUGGUCUGAUAAGAGAGUGGGCUCAGUGAACCCACAGCCACAACACUUACCCCUCUACUGCCAGUAGGAGGCAGUGUGAUAGCUAGUAAUUGUGGAUUUUAAGAGCAUUUGAGUUUUUGAGUUUCUGGGAACUAAAUUCCUUCAGAAUGAAGAUUGUAUUUGUAUUUGCUGUAUUGUUGGUGCUGGCAGUGUCUGUGUCUGGGGCCGGAGGAACCGAGGCUGUAGAUAUUCUAAGAAAGCCAGAUGGAGUGAUUGUGAUCCUGUAACCAGGACAAAGACAAGGACACUUCAACCCAAGCCCAACAAUCAACCAGACUGCAGUGCACCAAAAGUCCAGACAAGGGAUUGUAGUGUAUGUAAGUAUGGAGCUGCAAUUGUUGGGCCAUGUGACCCCAUAAACAGGACGAUGGAAAUCAGAAAACCACUGAUUCCAGGUCCCGACCAGCAAUGUGAACCAUUCAAGAUCAAAACGAAAAGGUGCAAGCCCAAUAAAGUCAAUAUGAAGUGCCAGUAUGGUAAGCGUGUAAUUGGAGAGUGUAACUUGGCGACAAACACAAUGGUUAUCAGUUUCCCUCUCCUUCCUGGACAGAACCCCGCCUGUCCGGAGAAAAACAAAACCAAGCCGUGCAGGAAAAUGAAGAAUAAGAACAAGUGUAAGUACGAUAAAUCUGUCGACUGGGACACUUCAGCAUGUCCAAAUGGCAAUGCCACCAGAAUCCUAACUCUUAAACCAGGACAAGACCCAACAUUAUGUGAACCAACGAAAGAAAUAGCAGUCAAAUGUAGAAAACACGAAAAGAAAAUGAAGAGAAAGACAAAGAAGGAAAAGAAGAAGCAACGCAAACAAAAGAGACGCCAGAACCGAAAGAAUGCUGGCCCAGGUAGUGCUGGUUUCAUUGAUGAGAAUGAAUAGACAGUGUAUAUUUGUAUUUAGCACCGUGACACUAUAUCAGAGGCUGUGUGAAUACUCCUGAUUUAAGGGUUUCUUCCAACCAGAUUAGAAAAUUAAUUCAAUGUUACGGCCAGGUCAAUUGGAGAUUUAAAUAGUUAACCCACUAACCUCUCUAGUCGAUUGUUUGUGUCAUCAUAUCCCAAAAACUUAUUGAUCAGGAAAUAUCACACAGCUUCUUUAUAUCAUGUAUGCUACUUGUAUAUAACAUGGUUAACACAUAUUUGAUCAGAUGUACAAAAAGAUAUUUCCUUUUGAAUUGUUUCGAUGUGAUUAGGAAUAGAAUAUCAGAAAGAAAUACCAAGUGUAUUCUAACUGCUGUGAGAUAGGUUAUAGAUGUCAUACUUUUCUGCGAACAGAAGAAAUGUUAUAGAUGUCAUACUUUUCUGCGAACAGAAGAAAUAAAUAUGCUAUAACUUACCGAUGAAAUGCUAAAUUCAGUCCCAGGGAGUUUUUUUAGAAACACGUUUUGAAUUUUGUGUCAAAGUUUUAUAUUUGAGGGUUUGACUUUUCAAUGAGAUUACUGUUCAUCAUCAUAGAUAUUCAUUGUGUAACUUAAUGUCGGGUGACGUGUGUAGCUGUUUUAUCUUCCACAUCAUUGCUGAGGACUCUUUCUCCCAAUUUUGUAUUAUAGAAAACUUUAAGUAAGGCUAUGACAGAUAGUCCUCACAGGCGGUGGACUUUCCUGUUCUAUUUUCUGUGAAAUAAAGGCUUUGUUGUCAAAGAAAGUUCACACACACUGUGGGCUCAAAAGUUCUAUUUUCGGGCAAAAUAGAGACAUGUAUGUGACAGAAGGUCCUCACAGGCCUAUAGGUUCUAUUAUUGUACUUAGAGUCAUGUGACAGAAGGUCCUCACAGGCCUAUAGGUUCGUACUUAGAGUCAUGUGACAGAAGGUCCUCACAGGCCUAUAGGUUCGUACUUAGAGUCAUGUGACAGAAGGUCCUCACAGGCCAUCAUGGGCCCACAGUUCUAAUCUACACUAAAGCAUGUUCACUUGAAUGCUUUUUGUUAUGUGCAUGGUUACUCCGUACAAGUCUGUUGAAACAGAGCAUGCGUGCAAAUGGAUCGGAUACAAUAUUUUUUCUUUGGAAGAAAUUUUAGAUAUUAACCAUGCAUGGUUACUUUGUAACGGGACUUGUUAUGUAUAGUACAUUGGAAAUUUCUGCCCUGUAAAUGUAGCCAUACAGUGUUUUAAGGAAGGUUCAAGUUUUCAAAAUCAAACAUCCUUUUUGUGAGAACACUGUUCAAAACGUUGCUGGUUUUUCGAGACCAAACAAAUAAAACACAAAAAUAACUCGGAGAUUUGAAAUUCUGAUAUAGACUAUGUGUAUAAAAUGGUGUUCUGUAGGUCACUGUGACAAAGUGUACUGAAGCUGUGAGCUCUUUUGUCUACAUCCACUGUCAUGUUGUACUCGCAAUAAAGUCUUCUUAAAGGCUUUUUUUUUUACAUAUAGUAUUAUUCUUCAAUUAGAUUUUUAUUGAAUUAUUUUUUUAUUUAACAUUUACUUAUUUUUUAAAAUUUACUUUAUGAUACAAUAUGUCUUAUUAUCCCUUUGAGCCUAUGUAAAUCAUAUUAACUGUAUAAAGAUAUUUAAAAAUUGAUGACUAAUUUUGAUUCCUUGAAAUUCUAUUAUAGAUACUGAUUUGUUAACCCAACAAAUAUUUCGAGAAAAAUAAAUCUGUAAUUUUAUCCUCUCUGUGCUAAAUCAAUGGUUACAUUCACGUUGAACAGAUUCUUACUAUAAACUUCAAAAUUGGAAAUUAUUCAACUCAAUUCUUUUCUGGAAUCUAAAUGAGUUUGUCAUGCAAGCUGGCAUUUAUUUAUGGUGAGAGAGGAGAGUCCAUUUUCCCUGGAGUUCUAUGACAGGACUAGGUUUUAACAAUCGGUAUUGCUUGUUGUAUUUUGCUGUGAUGUUCUAUACAGGAUGUUGUUGUUGGUGUACUAAUAUUGAUGUAUUAUAAUGGCAUAUUUCUUGUGUAAUUGGUAAGCUGUAUAUCUAAAGCUGCUACAGAAAUAUUUUUGUCAAACUGGGUUUUAUUUUUCUUUCUUCAGUACAAACAAUUUUAUUGAAGCAUUCCAGUUUUACCUAAAUUGAUUUGUUACAUUUUGAUAUAAACAUGAUGUAAUCCUUUUGUUUGGAUUAAAAAGACUAUAUUUGAUAUGAUUUUAUCGUCUGUAUUCUGGAAUUCUUCAUUAUCCUCCUGUCUGUACUUUACAUUUGAUAUUAUUCUGUCUUGUGUAGCUGAAUAAAAAAUACAGAAAUGGUAA